AUGGCGAAGACCUUUGAAUGGCCGUGGCAGUAUAAUUUUCCUCCUUUUUUCACGUAAGUAGAGAUAAUAGCCGCGUCAGAUACCUCACCUAUGUUAGAGUAUUAACACAGAAAUCUCUCGACAGGCUUCAAACGAAUUUGGAUACUCGCAGAAAACAAAUCGAAGGAUGGUGUGAUCUUGUGUUGGCCUUCUACAAAUAUCAUAAACGCUACGUUCUCGAUGUCACAGAAGCACAGACAAGCGAAUUAUUCUCCAAUAAGAAGAUUGAUCAUAUCCUUGUUAUAUAAGCUUUGUUGAAAUGCAUCAAUAUUGACCCUCUACCUGGUGGAUUUAAAACCCUUUAACUCCCAUGAGUGACCAAUGCAGAAUUUCUCCUUACAAUAUUUUAUACAAUAUCAAGCAGACAAGUUAUGAGAAUAUAGUAAAAUAGAAAUUAGGGGAUAAUCAGUAAAUCAAAUACCAAUAUCUCCAAACUAACAUUUUAAGAAUUGUAAAGCAGACUGUGAAGCAAAUUACUAAUGAGAUCUUGGGAAUGAAAAGGUUAAAUUUUCAAAAGUGAUGAAAAUGUAGCAUAAUCCUCCUUGCAGUAUCGAGAGGUAAAAUUUGCCUUCUAAACUGCAAACAGGUGGUAAGAGUAGAAAAAAAUUAACUUCUAGUGGGUAUCCUAUUGAUAUAGCACCAAUUAAGAAAAAAUAAGUUACAAAAAUGUAUGGGCAACUACAGAAUAUUAAUCCCCAUCAACAGAUUCCCCCCUCCCCUCCCCUCACCCUUAUGGGGUAUUGAAGAAGGGGCUAGCUCAGUGGGUCAGUAGGGAGUCAGUUCAAAUGUAUAGUGUUCCAAAGGGAGAAUUAUGCAUAAGAUCUUGUGAUUAAAAAGGACAAUGGGAACCAUAGUUGGCCAUAACAAAACCUUGCCGCAUCAUCUUCUUUAACUGUUGUUCAGGUAAACUAUCUCUAGAAACCAUAAAUCUUAUCUUGGAAGAACUUCAAUCAAAAGGUAGAACCCAGUCCCCCUCCUCUUCUCUAGCAUUUUAUCAGGUCAAUGCAAGCUAUAAUCCCAAGUGGAAAAAAAAAAGUUUUUAUUACCCUAGCAAACAAUAAACACCUUUUUGGUUUCGGUAACAAAUGUGACUUCCAAGAGCAUGGCCCCAGAACUCCAAUCGAGGCCUCUGGUUCUAGAGUCCCAGCAGUAACCCUUACUGGAAGCAUCUCCUCUUACUCUGGACAAUAUAUUGACACAUUAUUUUUCCUUUUGAGUCAGGCAACAUUGAAUGGGAAGACAAGAAAAAGCAGAGAUGCUUUGUCAUGUGGCGCACUCCAGAUGAAUGGGCUGCCUUGAUCUUCAAAUGGGUAAUGAAUGAGACCUUUCGACCUUCUGUUGUCUCACAAAGUAUAAAUCCUUAAGUACUUUCCACAAUUUUUCCAGAAGUCCUCAAAAAACUGGUAAAUAACAGGUUUUUAUGUUGUCUAGGUGCAAGAAAAUGGAAUGACGGACACUGUAUGUACAUUAUUUGAGUUGAGAGCUGGAGAUGACACUGUAAAUGAAGGUGUGGUGACUUUUUACUUGUUGAUGGCUGUUUUCUUAACAAAUGUUGGAUUAGGAGUUUGAGGCAUUAUAGAGGAUCUAACAUCAACUACAUUUUGAAUUAUUUCUUUUUGUUUCCACAAGAGUUCUAUGGCAUUGACAUGUGGAUGCUGAAAAAAGCCCUGGGUCAACUGGAACUCAAAGGAAAAGCUCAAAUGUUUGAAGCUCCAGAUGCUACAGAUGAUAGUGGACAAGGAGUAAAGUUCUUUUCAUAGCUAAAGAGGCAUACGAAAACAGUUAAUAUCUGCAAUGAUUUCACAAUCUUUAAUCUCAGUUUUACCAUCAGAUGGUAAAAGUAGGAGGACAAGGAAAGUUAAUUUUAGUUUCUGAAGGAACUGAUAGUUGAUGGAAAUCAGUGUUGAGAAGGAAAACUAGGUUAAAGUGUUUUGAAAAUACAUUAUUCUGCAUCGGCAAAAAAUAUAAACCCUUUGUUGAUACUAAAGUGCAAGUUGGAAGGGGUCAGUAAACCAACGGCUAGAAGCAAAUUCAGAAAAUCUGAUAUUUGAACUGCAAACCUUCUACAGUAACAUUGAUAACCACACACACACACAAAAAAAAAACUUUUCCUGCUUGUCCCAAUGAAAAGCUAAUGAUGACUGCUUUCAUUGGAUUUAAAGACUUCCUUGUAGGACAUGACUUAAGGAUCAAAUUUAUCUAAACAAAGCUUCAAAUUUUUUUUUUCGAUGAUCACAGAUUGUAGUAAACUGAUAAUAGGAACUGAUCACGGUAUCUGGCAGAUUACAUGGCUACACUGACAAAAUGCUGGAGGGUUGUCAAAGUUGUAAAAAUUAUUGGCGAUAAUCUCGAUGUAAAGACUGAUAUGCAAAUAUGGGCAUGCGUAACAUGCAAGAGUUACAUUUUUGGCUGGGU